UUGUGUAGAUCCAACGCCCAAAGCGAUUCUGUAUAAAUCCUCCGUAUGGAGGAAAAGCGUCUGUCAUAAAACUCUAGUUCUCAUCCUUCCUUGCAAUCUUAUAUCGUGGCUCAAGGAUUGAAGAGUCGAGUUCUUGACAUAAACUCCCCUUUCCUUUUGAUCUAUCGCUUCGCUCAAAAAGAUUGAAGGGCGAUACUGCAUCGAGCUGCUUGCAAAAGCCAACUUGAUUAGACAUGGUGGUCUACUCAGCUUUCAAGCGAUCGCUCUCUCUUCCACCAACGCAGAAGGCCGCGAAAUCGUGCCACGUUCGCUCGACCAGUUUGCCAUGCAGGGCUCACCCGGACUUAGCCCUGGUGAAGGAUCAAAUGCACAAGAUCACCGCGUGGAUCAUCAAGAAGGAUUCCACUUUCAAUAAUCUGCUAUCAGGCCUUAGAAUGCUCAAGUCCUUGUAUGACACAAUGGAUGACUUUCUUCAGCUGCCACAAACUCAAGAAGUAGUCUCCCACAAUGAGAGGUGGGCCAAUCUCCUUCUAGAUGAUCUACUUAAGUUUCUUGAAGUUUUUGGCGUUGUGGGCACAGUCCUGUCAAGCCUCAAGGAGCACCACCUGAGCACUCUGAUCUCGCUGAGAAGGAGAGAUUCGACCAACAUGGAAGCUAACGCGCAGUCCUUCAUAGGCCACAGAAAGAAAGCCAACAAGGAGAUGACCAAACUGAUAACUGUUUUGAAGAGCAUGAUCAAGCCAUCAGCAGCAGAAAUCUCAAGAGAAGAGGUGGAGAUAUUAGCCAUCUUCAAUGAUGUCAAAGCGUUGACAGUGUCCAUAGCCAUUUCUAUAGUCUCUGGUCUGUGUUGGACACCAAGAAGGGUCUUUGGCAAAUGGGUAGGUUUGCCUAAGAGAAGAAUUGAGAGUAUAAAGGAAAUCGCUGAUGCAGACUCUGUCUUGGACUGUGUUCUGAGAUGCAGAGGGCGCUUGGAUGAUGAAACGUCUAAGAUGGCACUAGAGAGUAUGGUUGCUUUGGAGGACUGCCUUAAUGGCCUGGAGCAUGGGAACGAGUCUAUAUUUAGGGGGCUAAUCAACACUAGGGUGUCCAUUCUCAACAUUCUAACACAAUAAACAGCUUGUUUCCUGUUCGUUAUUUGGGUUUUGUUUGUUUCAUCAAUAGAUAGAGCUUAUGCCUUUUUGCAGCAGCCAUCUCUGUGUACAGCAGUUGUUUUUAUGAAGGAAAAACGUACAAGAGAACGUUUUGAUAUAACCAUUUUUGUUUUGAUGAAACAUUUUCUCUCUCUUCUUUUGCAUUACAUUCGAUUCAAAGGAUAUGAAAAAUGAACGGAGUUUUUGCGCAA